UUUGACGUCGAAUGCGCUUACUACGCUCUACAACGAACGAAUACUGGCUCGCGAUUGGGCCGGACAGUUCAGCUUCGGAACACAGGGACAGCUCCCAGGUGCUGAAAUUGUCGAGCAUCAAACUGAACCGUCUUCUACAGUAAAACAUAUUUAUAUAAAAACAGAAAAGCCACUGACUGACACGAAUCCUUCGACGCAGAUGGCUGUCACUCAGGGGAAGGAGGGCGGGGACCAGAACUUUGACUACAUGUUCAAGCUGCUGAUCAUCGGCAACAGCAGUGUGGGUAAAACCUCCUUCCUUUUCCGCUACGCUGACGACGCCUUCACCUCAGCCUUCGUCAGCACCGUGGGCAUCGACUUCAAAGUCAAGACCGUCUACAAGAACGACAAGAGGAUCAAACUGCAGAUCUGGGACACGGCGGGACAGGAGCGGUACCGGACAAUCACCACUGCAUACUACCGGGGAGCCAUGGGCUUCAUCCUUAUGUAUGACAUCACCAACGAGGAGUCCUUCCAUUGUGUGCAGGACUGGUCGACCCAGAUUAAGACCUAUUCUUGGGACAACGCCCAGGUGGUGCUGGCUGGGAACAAGUGUGACAUGGAGGAGGAGAGGGUGGUGGCUGCAGACAGCGGGAGACAGCUGGCAGAACAACUCGGUUUUGAGUUCUUUGAAACGAGUGCCAAGGACAACAUCAAUGUCAAGCAGACCUUUGAACGCCUCGUUGACAUCAUCUGUGACAGGAUGUCCGAGAGCCUGGACACUGAUCCUGCCGUUACCACGGGAACGCCUAGCGCCAAACUGACAGACAGCGCCCCGCCGCUCCAGCAGUCCGCCUGUAACUGUUAGUGGCUCCUCCCGCUUCCUGUGUUUUUCGUAGAUACCCAGUCCCUUAGAUAUAGGUUACAUCCUAAAUGGCACCCUUUUCCCUACAUAAUGCACUACUUUUGACGAGGGCCUAUAGGGCUCUGGUCAAAGGUUGUGUACUUAAUGGAAAAAGGGUGCCAUUUGCGACUCAACAGUAGUCUUAAAGUAGGGGUGCACAACUAAGGUCCUGGAUGGCUGCAGUAAAGUCAGAUUUUCCUCCUUGCCUUUUAAUCAGAGAUUGACUUGUAUAGAUACUGUAGGUGCACUCUCUGGCCAAUCAGUGACAGUAGUCCAUCAGUUAAGUGCCAGGAUGGAAGGAAACCCAGCAGGACUGCGGACUGGAGUUGUGCACCCCUGUCUUGUAGUAUUCUGAUGUGUCAUCUGACCUCUUUUAUCAUCGUACAUCAGCCAGGGCGGCAGUCUGUUUCUGUUCUCUUGACAACUCCUUAUGGAAUUGUCAAACAUGGAGUUGGCAAGAGCACUGAUCUGUGACCAGGCAAUCAAUGUCUGUCCCUCUAUAGCUGUGUUGAGGUACAGAUCUUUACACCUUUACUUAGAAACACAGAGGGUCUGAAUAUGUCUGAUGAGUAUGUCUGUGUCGGCCUUACAGGACGGCUAAUGAUAUGACACUACAAACAUCCAUUAUCCUCUUUAGCUUACCGUACAACAUUAAAAAGGAUGCUUGUAAAGGCUGUUAGAAUUCAAUGUGUGGUCCAUGCACUGCACAGUAGCCUUCCAACUGGCUUCAAAGACUUGUAAUCAAUUCUAAUUCUAUUAGGAGAACCCAGAGCUUUGUCACUGUUUUUAUUGUCCAUCCUAAAAAUUGCAGGCGAUAAAGUUAUAAUCAGUGCUUUCAUUUAUUUAGCCAUCUAUUUAUGCAUUUAUUAUGUUUGUGUUACAUAUUGUCUUCUGCCGAGGGCCAAAAGCUAUUUUGUGUAUUGUAGACAAACUGGUAGAUGGUAGCUGAUUUCUGUUUGCGGUGUGUGUGUGUGUGUGUGUUUUAGGAAGAGUGAAUGAGUGUGGCAGUGUGAUAAAUUUCAAUCAUCUACCUUGGAUAAAAAACAAAUGUGGCCUUUUAGUAUUUCCAACAUGGCCUCUUCUCCUUUAUGGUCACCUGCCACAUUGACUUCAUAUUUCAUGAAUAUACUACAUUGUGUCUGUGAGUACUGUAUACUGUACAUGUGCAUUUGUAUUAGUAGUCCUGAUAUGCCAUCUGAUGAGUGUGUAUACAUUUCUUUAAAACUGAAUAGAUCCUCUUUUUCUAGCCUUAUUAAGACAUUUGACAAGUGUGCUGUCAAAUAACCAAUAACCUAGGUUAUGUUGUUCUACCCAGACCAUUACAGUUAUCUUUACCCAAACUACAAACCCGACCCUUCCCUCAUGUCCACUUCCCGAAGAGAGAAAAAAAAAAGACCACAGCCAAGAUAUGAUAUGUUAUGACAGGUGGAUACUGAAGCCAUGAUAGAGUCUGUCUGACUGGAUAAACAUCAAUAUCCUCCGGAACAGUAUUUUUAGGGAGAAUGGUGUCCAUAUUUCAUAUACCUAAGAAAGUGCACCUUUUCCACAUCCUUGAACCAUGUUGUUAUUGUCUCCAUCCUUGGCUGAAGCAAAUUGUCCUUUACAUUUAGGAUGUCGUGACAGUCCUGGACCUCCCAGUAAAGAUAAUCUACCACAUAUUAGGGGAAUAAGUACAUAAAAUAUUUGAUAACUGUAAUUGUGCCAAAAAAAAACAGUGUAGUUUGUUUUACAUCGUGUCUUUGCAUAGAAAAUGGAAGGUUCAAAAGAGAAAAGUUGCAUGAAGACAUUGAAUUAUCUAUAUUUAUAUAUCUAAGGGUGUAUGUUAUCUAUGUUAUAGAUAUUGAAUUAAGUGCAUCUUCAUAGCUUUGGCUGUGUGAUGCAAUGGGCCAACAAGUGCAAUAUUUUAGGAAUUUAUUCCUGUACAUAGUCCUUCUAGUACAGUAUACCUGCAGUUGAGUGACUGGUCUAAUGUUGGUGUUGUAUUGUACGGCACUGCAAGCAUCACACUAAGUGUGUGUGUGUGUGUGUGUGUGUGUGUGUGUGUAUAUGUGUGUGUGUGCGCGCUUUAUCUGGGAUUUGCAGUGCGGCGAAUUAGUGUAUGUGUGUUUAUUACAUAUUGUGUGUGUGUACCUUUUCUACUGAUGUAUUCAUGCACUAUAUACUGUUCCUGCUAGCUAUCUGUUGGUGAACUCGUACUAUACGUCAAAAUGCAGUAUUGUGGAAGAUAGUCAGAGAAAUUAGGGUAUGCCAUAUGCUGUACUGAUAUUAAGUCUAUGUUAUAAAAAAGGGAAAUAUCUCUACUCCAACAGGAUGUUGUCUGUGUGAGAUUAUUAUUUACCUGUACAUGAAUAGUAGCCAUUACCCUGCUCAGAUUGAAACCUCAAACAUCUCUACAUUAAAAUCCCGUCAUCUACUUCCUCAUCGGUGAUUAUGCAUAUUCAUGACCUCCACUAUUCAGCCCAGUGGGCACAGACGUCAAUUCAACGUCUAUUCCACGUUGUUUGUACCUUCAAGUGCAAGCAAUGUACAAACUAUGUGUUUAAGAUGAUAGGAAAUAAACAAAUUGUAUUCA